AUGAUUCGCCGAGAGAAUCGUCUCCGUAGGGAAUACAUCUAUCGUAAAAGCUUGGAGGAAAGGCAACGAGCCGUUGAAGAGAAAAGGGAAAAAAUCAAGGAUGCUCUAGAAAAUAACAAGAAAAUUGACACCUCAUUACGAAAGGAUGCUAUUGAACUUGCUAACGGUGCCGAAUGGGGAGGACAGAUAAUGUCUAUUGAUGACGAAUAUCGGUGGGCAGGUACGAAAGAUCCCAAAAUUGUCAUUACUACUAGUCGUGAGCCAUCAAGCAAGUUAAAAGUUUUCGUGAAGGAGAUGAAGCUGGUUUUUCCUAAUGCUCAGCGAUUGAACAGAGGUCACUACGACGUAAAACAACUUGUGCAAGCUUGUCGAGCAAAUGACGUGACAGACUUCAUAAUUUUGACUGAGACUCGUGGAAAUCCUGAUGGCAUGGUCGUGUGCCAUCUACCGUUUGGUCCAACAGCUUAUUUCACGCUGUCCAAUGUCGUGAUGCGUCAUGACAUCCCUGACAGAGAAAAAAUGAGCGAGCAAUAUCCUCACCUUAUUUUCCACAAUUUGGGCAGCAGAUUAGGUCAAAGGUUCACUUCUAUUCUGAAAUAUCUAUUUCCUGUGCCAAAGGAAAGCUCGAAAAGGGUGAUAACCUUUGCUAACACCGACGAUUUCAUUUCGUUCCGUCAUCAUACGUAUACGGUAGCGCAAGGUGGAGAAAUCGAGUUAAAGGAGGUUGGGCCACGGUUUGAACUACGGCCGUAUGCAAUAAAACUGGGAACAUUGGAGAAUAUAGCGGCAGCAGAAGAUGAGUGGGUGUUACGAUCAUUCAUGAACACUUCGAGAAAGAGGCAGUUAUUGAGCAACAAAGAGGAUGAUAGUGAAGAUGAAGACUGA